GACACCGCCCGCCCGCGCGUCCCUCUGUCCACCUGCAACAAGCAGGAAAGCAGGCAGGUCCUUCGUUGUCCAACUGAGCGUCGCUUGCCUUGCCGAGCCGAGGUGUGGGGACUGGGUCCCCGGCGGAGGGAUCCGCGGCGGCUAAGGAGGCGGUGCCGGGCUCAGGAGGAAGAGGCAGCGACGGCGGCGGCGGCGGCUGCGGCGGCGGCGGCGGCGCCAGCGGCAGCGGCGGCGAAGGCUGGGGCGGCAGCGUAUAAAGGAGCCGCCGCCGGGUGAUGCGGUUAGCGCUGCGGCAGGCCCAGAAGCCUUGAGGGCCCGGAAGCUGUGCGGGCCCUGAAGCUGUGCGGGCCCUGGCUCUCAGCCCGUCCUGCCUAACCUGCGCUCCCGAACUUACCAUCUGACCCGCUACCGCCGAGGCGGUCUUAGGCCCCCUGGUCCCUUCCCCGUCCCUCCCCGCCCCCGUCCCCACCCCGGGGGGCCGCCGCCACCCGCCUCCCGCCAUGGCUCUGAAGAGGAUCCACAAGGUCUUGUCAUGUUGACCAGGCUGGCCUUGAACUCCUGAGCUCAACAAUCUUCCUAUCUCAGCUUCUUGAGAAGGAAUUGAAUGAUCUGGCACGGGACCCACCAGCACAGUGUUCAGCAGGUCCUGUUGGAGAUGAUAUGUUCCAUUGGCAAGCUACAAUAAUGGGGCCAAAUGAUAGUCCCUAUCAGGGUGGAGUAUUUUUCUUGACAAUUCAUUUCCCAACAGAUUAUCCCUUCAAACCACCUAAGGUUGCAUUUACAACAAGAAUUUAUCAUCCAAAUAUUAACAGUAAUGGCAGCAUUUGUCUUGAUAUUCUUCGGUCACAGUGGUCUCCAGCACUAACUAUUUCAAAAGUACUCUUGUCCAUCUGUUCUCUGUUGUGUGAUCCCAAUCCAGAUGAUCCUUUAGUGCCUGAGAUUGCUCGGAUCUACAAAACAGAUAGAGAAAAGUACAACAGAAUAGCUCGAGAAUGGACUCAGAAGUAUGCGAUGUAAUUAAAGAAAUUAUUGGAAAACCUCUACAAAUAAAGAUAGGGGAACUCUGAAAGAGAAAGUCCUUUUGAUUUCCAUUUGACUGCUUUCUAUGAGCCCACGCCUCAUCUUCCCCUGUGCACAUGUUUACCUGAUACAGCAGUGCUGCGUGUUGUACAUACUUGGAAACAACAAACUAGAAAUACUGUACUUCUGUACCAACAUUGCCUCCUAGCAGAGAAGUGUAUGUGUGACAAGCCAGUUCUUCAGACAUAACCUAGAUAUGAGACUAAAAAGCUUUCCAUAUUGACUUAAAUUUGGAUAACAGCAAGGUGUGAGGGGUGGUGGGUACAUGUGUGUGCUUGGGUGGGGAGAAGCUCCACUGACUUGUAGGAGAUGUUUUUAAGUGGAAUCUGUUUAAACUCCAAACAGUUAUGAAAAGCAAAGUGAAGAACAUGAAGCUGUUUCUGUAUUCAUUUAUUCCGAAGGACCUACAAUUUAGCUGAAAGUUACGACCAACCAGAUUAAAUUCUACCCACAUCCUGUAUUUUGAAGGUCUAAGUUUAACUGGUCAACAUUUAAAUGGAUUGGAGCUAUUAGCACAUAAAGUGUGAUGGGCUUUGUUCCCAACUCUUUACAUCUCUCUGCCCCUUGAACUUUUGUCCUUUUAGCCCCUUUCUCUCCAUAUUCUUUGGUUUGUACGAGGUUUCUCAGUUAAUACAUAGCUAAUAGCUCUUAUUUUUCUUAUGUUUUUAACUGCUUAGGUCUCUUUGGAUGUAAGGGUGAAAUUCAUUUGAUGGAAAUACUUGUGUAUAUUUAAAGACCCAAUUGCUCCUCUGGAGCUGGUACGUUCAAGAAUGAUUAAUCUGUGUAAUAAACUGAUUACUACAGUCAUUACAUUUAAUUUUGUGUGAAUAGGCUUUUUGAUUUUAAGAACUUUGUCUAGCUGAGAUUAGUGGUGGAUUUCCCCCCACUCCUAAAAUGUUUUCAUUUAUUAUACUGGUUACAUUUCAAAAUCAUGAAACAAUUCCAGUUUACAUAGUAAAAAAAAAAACAAAAAAAACAAAAACCUUGAGUAAUUUUAUUGAACUAUGACACAAACUUGAAAGCAUUUUCAUGAAAUGUAUAUGUGCAGCAUUUUGGGAACAUGACUGUUAACUAAGAAAUUUGAUUUAUUAAUGAAUCUAAGCUGCAUUUCACCAAAAUCUUGUGACAUUCCCUUGGUGCGUAAGAGAUAAAAACACAAAGGCAUUGCUGUUCGGUAAGUUAAGCCUCUGUGAUUGUAAUUAUAGAAGUGCAACUUGACCAGACCUGGGAAACAUGAGCACAAUCUUGUAUUGGAGAGUCUGCAUAAUUACUUUGCACUAACAUUUAGAAGGAUGUUCAUCCAGUUUUAAAUUGUAUUGUAUGUGGCUUUUUGAAGUCUUCCCUUGACUAUAGUAAAAUGUAGUUUGAAACUUGUAAACAACUGUGUUUGCCAGAAACAUCAUUCAUGUGAACUAGGCAAGUUACAUUUUUCCUUUUCCAAAUCUAACUGUAAACCAGGCCAGCCUGAAGGCCAUGGCCGAUGCUCUCUAGCCAUCAGGUUCUUUAAAAUGCAUCUUUACACUCUUGCACAAAAACUGAGGAAUAAAUGUCCGUUGCUUUUGGAUUUAAA